CUUCAUCAGUGUACGGCUUUAUAAUUUUUCUAUUUGGAAUAAAAAUAAUUCUUUGAACUUAUUGCUCCGCGCAGUGUGUUGCCUUAAUAGCAGUAAUGUGAAGAUAGGCUGCCUGUUUGUUGUCGCUCGUACCGCAGUGCACCUUCAGCAGCUGGAUGCUGUCAGCUAACUAACAGACCACAUUGAUGCUUGACCCCUGGUGCGAUGCCUCCAGUCAUGGCUCAGAUCAGUGAUCCAAAGAUUGCCUUUGCCUACCUGCGUCCGGCCUGUGUCCUGCUGACCCGAGAGCCCUCUGUCACCAACGUGGAGACGCUGAGUGGCCAAUUAAAGGAAGUCAACGAUGCCACAUUGCAGCAGCUCCAAGAGUAUGUCCUCUUCCCUCUUCGCUUUGUCCUUAAAAUCCCCGGCCCCAAGAAGGACAAAUUGGUGCAGGCUGUGGUCGAGGCCAUGAGCCAUGUCCUGGAGAACACUUGUGUCCAGAGCUGGGACACCCUCCAUGACCUCCUCUCAGAACUCUGCCUCUGCCUCUGCUCUCCAACUGAUCCUGGGAAACCUGCAGAUACAUCAGAGGAGCUAAAAUCAGCUGUGCUGAGGUGCUUGGACGCCCUGCUUCAUGCUGCUUAUGGUGAUAUAGUCUUUAGACUCUUUGAACCGAUCAUGCUGCCCGGACUGGGAGCUGCCAUAUCACUGCUGCUGGCUUUAGGAGAGAAGGAGAAAUCUCGGGAUGUACAGGCAGCAGCGCUGAAGUGCCUCCUCGCUUUGACUCUGCAGUGUGACUGCACUCAGGAGCAUGUAGUCCCAUCAUCAGAGGACCAGCGUGCUAUAGGCAGCACUAUGGCUUCAUUCUUACCUGGGAUCACUAUGGCUGUAGCCAGGAUCAUUACAGGAGAUCUGAGACAAGGCCAUGCAGUCACAGUCAGGGCCAUCAAGGUUUGGUCCAGGACUGUGGGGCUUGUCAUGGAAGAUGCCCAGCUUCAGGCCAGUGAGCCCUGGAAGACUCCCUCACCAGACCUGGGUAGGAUCGCGCAGCUGGUGGUCCAUCGGACACUGGACUGGGUGAAGAGCACAGUGGGGAGACUGUCUGAGCUGCUGAAGAAGAUCGUCUCCUGCACCUCGGCCCACCAGCACUGGAGGGUUCGGCUGCAGAUGGUGGAGCUGGCUGACCACCUGCUGGCCAGGUGUAGUCAGUCACUAGGAGAGUGUGUGGGGCCGCUACUGGAAGCACUGGUGGGAGCGGUCAACGAUGAGGAGCCCAGAGUCAGAGAGAGGUGUGAGGUUGUUCUCAGAGAGGUAUCACAGAGGAACCGGAGCUGUAGCAGCCAGUGUGACGUUACCGGUCAACGCAGCAGUCCUCAGACCUUCACUGACGUGCUUUCAGAGAAUCUCCACUCUCUGGCCACCUCCCUGCCCAGACUGAUGAGGACCUCUGAUGACCAGAAGAAACUGUUUGUCCUCAAUGUGUUUCUGGGUUAUUUAAAAGUCCUGGGACCACUCGUCUCUGUGGUGCUGAACUCGGCUGCACAUCUGGAGAGGAUUUCCAAAGCCUUGAUGCAGGUGCUGGAGCUGGAUGUGAUGGAUGUUUGCAUUGUAGAAGAAAGACGGCACAACUCUACCAUAGAAACAAGUUCAACGUCUCCUGAUUCCUGCACUGCUCACACACACAGGAAGCAUUUUCUCUACUUCACUGAUGAGAAGAUCUUCUCUGUGCUCAUGGAGAUCUGUCGGACGUUAGGUUACUAUGGCAACAUCUACCUUCUGACCGAUCAUUUUCUGGACCUGUACGGCCAGUCUUCAGCGUACAGGAAGCAGGCCGCCAUGGCGCUAAACGAGAUUGUCAGGGGUGCCGCAGGCAUCGGCGUGGCAACAGAGAGUCAGGGUUUUGAGGGUGAAGGCCGCAGGCGCUCUGCCACCAUGGAAGACCUUAAAGCUGCAGUGGUGUCUGUCAUGGAAGAGUACACCAGUCUGAGCAACUGGCACUUGAUUACUGUCAGUGAGGAGACGGAUAGAGACCGACAGGACCAACGGCUGCUCAGCUCACCCAGUCUCCUGUCCAUAUCCAACAGCGAUGUCCGCAACGUGAAUGCAAACUCUCUCCAAGUGAUUCCUUCCUCAUUUGGUUCCCCGUCUCCCUCGUCAUCCACCUCCACAAUCCACCAGCUCAACAGUAACAUCUGGCAGCUGUGUAUCCAGCUCGAAGGCAUCGCCUGCUUUUCUCAGGCCCUGGGGCGAGACUUCCGUCCCCUGUUGAUGACAUCACUGUACCCUGUGCUGGAGAAAGCUGGGGAGGAGACACUACUGGUCAGCCAGGCAGCACUGGGCUCCAUGUGGGACAUCAGUGCAGCCUGUGGCUACCCCUCGUUGAAGGAGCUGAUCAAUGAGAACUCGGAUUAUCUGCUCAAUGACAUCUCCCUCAACCUGCAGAGGCUCAGCCAGCAUCCACAGGCUCCACGGGUGUUGACAGUGAUGUUGACGCACUCCGACUGCAGCCUGCUGCCUCUGGUCCAGGACAUUGUUCAGGAUGUGCUGAUGGCUCUGGAUCUCAGCUACGACCACACAGCGGCCCUUUUCUGCUCCGUGCUGCACGCGCUGAUGAAGGCACUGGUGAGGUGGUUUCCCUCCAGCUGUAAGAGGACCAGUGAGUCUGCUAGACCCAAGCAGACCUCCACUGACCAGGAAGUCCUCGACAUCCGCCAGUUCCUGCUGGAUUACCGUAAACAGAAAGAGCUGGCAGAGGGCGUCGGGAUAGAGGACGACGACGACACGGAGGACCUCGACGUCCCUCCUCCCACAGAGUGCGAGGAUGUUGAAGAUAUCGAUGGUCCUGAUGUGAAAGCAGAGCUUCCCUCCCACCUCAGCAUCACUAAAGAUGUUAUGGAACGCUGCAUUCAUCUGCUGUCCAAUCCCAGCCUCAGGCUCCGGCUCAAGGUAUUGGACGUGCUGGAGCUCUGCGUGUGUGUCCUGAGUGAGAAGGAGAAUGAACUGCUGCCUAUGGCCCAUCGCUGCUGGCCCGCCCUCCUGCAGAGACUGACAGCUGAUGACCCUUUAGCCGUCCUCAGAGCCUUCAGGGUGCUGUGUACACUGGGUGAAACGUGUGGUGACUUCCUGAGGAGAAGGGUUUCUAAAGAGGUUCUGCCAAAGCUGAGCUCCUCGCUGGGACGGCAGGCUCCGAUCAGCGCCAAGGCCGGACCCGUCUACACCCACACUGUGUCCUACAAACUGCAGCUGGCUGUACUGCAGGGGCUGGGCUCACUGUGCCAGAGGCUGGACCUGGGUGAAGCAGAACUGGAUGCUGUGUGUGAAGCCUGCCUGCCCUACCUGAGCUGCAGACAACCCUUCCCACUGCAAGAGGCCUGCCUCAGUGUUUUCCGUCACUUAAUCCAGGUGGAUCCGGACAGCUUCUGGUUCACUCUGAACGAGCUGCACUGCCCGUCGUCCUACGCCCCGCCCCACCCCGACCUCCAGCCCGUGCAGCUGAGCGGGAUGGGCAGGCCGAGAGACGAGUACUCGGACAACGUGUUGAAACUACUGAGGGAAGAGUUUGCUGCCACAGUCGAGCAGCCGGUCAGCUAAUGAGCUGGUGAACGAUGUGAUUGACUGUCCUCUCAGACGGAUGGCUUAUUGAACCGCUACACCAACAAGUCAAUUAACUGAAUGGGAAUCUUGACAAUUGUGUCGAAAAAACAGCCAUCAGAUUAGGGGCUGUGAUAACCUUCAUGGUGUACACGACUUUGAUAAGCAGCCAGGUACAAAGGGAAAAUGUCAAUGCAGCAUCUCCGCUGCUGUUCACCCUCCUGCUGCAGGAGGAGAAAGCAUGAACACCUCUGACAGGUAGUGACAGUGCUGAUGUUUUUCAUUUCAUGUAUUGUAAAUGCAAAUAUUAUAUUUGCCAUUCCGUCUUGAGUUAUUUCUUAAUUUUCAGAAGAAAUACUUUGCUCUGAAAUAUCUCACUGGUUUGAAUUAUUCAGCCUCACGUUUCAGAGAAGUUUUGAAAAGAAUAAUCCUUGAUCUCAUAGUCCUGUCAUUAUUUCCUGUUUUAUAUCACAGUUUUGCCAGCUUUCGACUACGGUGUCUUGUACAGCUGCUUGUGUUAAGGCAGCUUUUAAAAUAUCAGAGCUUUGACUUCUUUUGCUAAAUGAAAACAAGAGUUUUAUAUAGAAACAUGUUAAUAUUCGUCAAAGCCAAGUAACGUAAAGUGUUGUUUUGGUAUUCUAACAGAAAACUCAGGUGUUGUGUCAACACUCGUAGUAAAAACUACUGCAGAAGUUUAAAUUGAACGGUACCAAAUUAAUAAAACUGACAUAAGUCUAGUUGAUAAGAAGCCUACUCUAAAUCCUAAUCUGCUAUGUGAGCAGUAGGUUGGUAUUUUUUUUACAAAUGUUUCUUCCCAAGUUGGAAAGAUGGACGGUGCAGGCUAAAAUAUCUAUUUUAACACAUCUGGAUUCGGUAUUUUAAGGUUAAUAAUAUUAUUUUUUUUAGUUAUUUUUUGGGGCAUGUAUUUUGAGUGAGUCACACGUAAGAGGUAGAGGGAGAGGGAGAGAGGAAGUGCAUGAGGGCAUAAAUGAUUCGUGUUUAGGAGACAUAGAAAUAAAUUUCACCUACGACCUUUAAAGUUACCAGGUACAUGUUAAAUAACUACAGGUACAUACAGGCUGAGGAUACAUGUCCUUCCACCAUAUGUAUGUUAUAGGAAAGAAUCCAGACUGUGUGUGUAGCAGUUCCACUUUGCUAAAGGAAAACCAAAAUUUUAUAUAGUUUGAUUUACAGUAUGAUAAACUGCCUGUCAUUGACAUAUAGUAGCUAGAGUUUCUCCCUGCCCUUUAAUAUUAAUUAACAUAACAAUUUUUUUUGCCAUUUUUCUUGCCUUAUUACCCCGUAAUGAUAUUCUGCGCUCUGUAAUU